CUCGCACCCACCUACCGCGGGGACUCGGGGCCCGGCCGGAGGGGAUGGGAGGCGCCGGGGGACGGCGCGGAGCGAAGCGCGGAGUCACGAAGAGGGGCGGCGGCGGGCGGCGAGCAUCGGGGCAGCGGCCGCGGUCAGGUCUGCGUGGGGAUGUACAAGGACGUGGGCAGCUGCGGCACGCGGUGACGCGAGAGGCAGCACGGGGCCCGCGCGGGGAAGGGGUCAGAGCGACGGGGCCGGGACGGCGGCGGGGGUCCGUGCGCACCGGUGUGGCUGCGCUCCGAUCCGCCGUUACAGCCCUCGUGACAGCCGUGACUCCCCCGUCCCACCUCGGCGGGCAGGAGGCCGGGCUGCUCGCGCAGAGCUGCAGCCCAGAGCCACAGGUCACCCCGACAGGACAGGAUGUGUGUGUCCAAGAAAAGGGAGUGAAAGACCAGGAGAAGGAGAUGGUGGUGGUAACUUCAGUAAUACAAGGGGAAAAAAAUGGCAGAGUCCAUGGAAAAAGUAGUAGAAGAUUUACAAGGUCCCAGAUUCAGUAUCACUGCUGUACAGCGAAGGAUCGUACUGGGGACUGUGUCAUACAAAGUCCUGGCUCUUUUCCCAUGGGAGACAGUCAGUCACUCAGACCCAUUCUUCUUGACCCAGUCUCCUUAGUCUAGUAGAAGCUUCCCAAAUGAAAAAAUACAUGUAAUUAUCAUUCUCUCA